CGUGAAUUCCAGGUGAUUUCCAGUCAUUAUCUGAUCAUUGGUUCAAUCGGGAUAACAAAAAGGACUCAAAAAAUAAUAAAUUUCGAGCGAAUUUGUGAGUGAUGUCCGAUAAAAAUGAUGUCGAAGAUCCCGUUGAAGUAAUGCUGAAACGCACCGGAUGCAUCGAAUUACAUUACAAAGUGCAGGAGUGUAUUGCGGAGACCCAGGACUGGCGCAAGUGUCAGGACGUCGUAAAAACCUUUAAGGAGUGCAUGUCCGAGUAUUCGGCAAAGCAGCGAGCCAAGUACGAGAAAUCGUCGUUCCGGCAAGACUCGUAA